AUGACGGUCACCACCAACCCCAUGCGCAUCCAAUGCUCCUACAAUGCCAAAUCUUCGUUAUUGGGCAACCCGCGCUACACUUUCCUCCUCAACUACCUCGGCCAACCCCAGGCUGUGCUUGAAGGGCGCGCGCGACGGAGAGCGUACAUGACUGGCGACAUUAGCAAAGAAGAAUACUACAAUCCCAAGCUUCUGGAACGGAGAAGGGCAAAAGAGAGAGCAGAGCAGGAAAUAACGGAGAAGAGGGCGGACAGAUGGGACGAAAUAAGGCGGGAAGAAAAGGAAAGGGAUCGCGAGUUCUUGGAAAGGAAUCCGGGAAUGCCGAGGCAUCCGGGGAGUUGA